AUGAUUCAAGAAAACAUGACCAUUCAUGCAUUAGCAGAUCCUAACGAAAUGAGCAAAGAAUUCGAAGUAUUCACAUAUAAUACCGUAGGCAUUUUGUCGUACACUGUAAGAGAAGUUUCAAAUGAGCUGGAGUAUGAAGCUUUUCUACUCGAAGCCAAGGCCGCGAAUCUUUAUUACAGCAAGAAUGUGCCCUGGAUGUUGCAUAGUGGCAUGAAGGCGGGAUCAUGCGGAAUCUUUGGGCCUCCUGCAAAUUUGGGAAUCGCUUUCGGAAGAAUGGCUCUACCAGCAUAUAAUACGAAUCCGUUCUAUGCUUCAACGUCAACAUCGCUCAAUAGUCAAGAGAUGUACAAACAGCUUGAAAAAAUUGUCGACCUCUUCCAGUGGAAGAGGCAUAAUUACGAUGCCGAUAUUGGCUUGUCGGAGGAUUUCGUAGGAAAGGCUGUAAAAGCAGACAAUAUGGACAUCCUGCGCGAUAAUCUGCAGAUGUUCGUCAGUGAAGGGCGUCUCCAGAACACGACAGAUGAUAAGCAUUACUCUCUCAUCCGUCGUCCAUAG